AUGCCCAGAACAAAACGUCUCCUUAGUGUGGAUGUCAAUUUUCCCCUUUGGGCGCAGAUCAAGUCGGUGCGCGUCUGCGAGAGCAAGUUUGGCCCCUGCCUGGUGCUGGAGACGACCGUCAGGGCAGGCAGCUACGUGCUGGGGUUCAAGGUGGAGCCCCAGGAGACCCUGGAUUACGUGCACAAGGAGAUCAGCAGCCUCUGGCAGGUGUACUCGCAGUCGCCCGUGUUUGGUGUGCAGUAUGACGCCUCCAACGUGCGCGGCGACGCGGCUGCGGCGCUGCAGGAGGCUGCGGCGGCGCGGGCCCGCGCGGAGGAGGACGAGUGCGUCGUGGCGGACGAGGCCUGCGCGCGCGCCGACACCUGGGCGGCUGCCUGCUACUGCGCAGACGGCGGCGGGGAGGCGCGGGGGCCGGUGUUCAGCCCAGAGCUGGGGCUGGCCGUCGAGGCGCCGCGGGACCCGUCGGUCACGGUCCGGCAGCUGUGGUGUGUCAUGUAA